GUUACUUUGCAAGUCUAACUCUAAGGACUUAUCUUUCUCCUUUAGAGCACAAAUGCUAGAGAUGGCUACCUUGAGACACCGGGGCAGUUGGCCUCAACUGGUAUCCGCAAUAGCAUUUUGCCUCAUAGCCACUACUGUGGUGGCCAAUGAGCCUUACAUUUAUGCCUCACCACCACCACCACCCCACCAAACACAGUUACCACCAUUGCCACCAGAGCAUGAGGGACACCCACCAUAUUUGUAUAACUCACCUCCUCCGCCAUUGAAAUCUCCUCCACCGCCACCUCCUCCUUAUGUAUAUAAAUCACCUCCACCACCAUCUCCAUCACCUCCUCCAACUUAUAUUUACAAGUCUCCACCGCCUCCACCACCAUAUGUUUACAAGUCACCACCCCCACCACCACCAUCGCCACCUCCUCCAUAUGCUUACAAGUCACCACCCCCUCCAUCACCAUCUCCUCCACCACCUUACGUUUACAAGUCACCACCCCCACCAUCACCAUCACCACCUCCUCCAUAUGUUUACAAAUCACCACCUCCUCCAUCUCCUUCCCCACCUCCUUACAUCUAUAAGUCACCACCACCACCACCACCCUCUCCCCCUCCUCCUUAUGUUUACAAGUCACCUCCACCACCUUCACCAUCACCCCCUCCUCCUUACAUUUACAAAUCCCCUCCUCCACCAUCUCCAUCACCUCCCCCUCCUUAUGUCUAUAAAUCACCGCCUCCCCCAUCUAAAUCCCCACCUCCUCCAUAUGUCUACAAAUCCCCACCUCCUCCAUCACCAUCACCUCCUCCCCCAUAUGUCUAUAAGUCGCCUCCACCUCCAUCACCUUCCCCUCCACCUCCUUACAUCUAUAAAUCACCACCUCCUCCAUCUAAAUCCCCUCCUCCUCCAUAUGUCUACAAAUCUCCUCCUCCUCCGUCACCGUCACCACCUCCCCCAUACAUCUACAAGUCACCUCCACCUCCAUCACCAUCACCUCCUCCCCCAUACGUCUACAAGUCGCCUCCACCUCCAUCACCUUCCCCUCCACCUCCUUACAUCUAUAAAUCACCACCUCCUCCAUCUAAAUCCCCACCUCCUCCAUAUGUCUACAAAUCUCCUCCUCCUCCGUCACCGUCACCUCCUCCCCCAUACGUCUACAAGUCGCCUCCACCUCCAUCACCUUCACCUCCACCUCCUUACAUCUAUAAAUCACCACCUCCUCCAUCUAAAUCCCCACCUCCUCCAUAUGUCUACAAAUCUCCUCCUCCUCCGUCACCGUCACCUCCUCCCCCAUACGUCUACAAGUCACCUCCACCUCCAUCACCAUCACCUCCUCCCCCAUACGUCUACAAGUCGCCUCCACCUCCACCACCUUCCCCUCCACCUCCUUACAUCUAUAAAUCACCACCUCCUCCAUCUAAAUCCCCACCUCCUCCAUAUGUCUACAAAUCUCCUCCUCCUCCGUCACCGUCACCUCCUCCCCCAUACGUCUACAAGUCACCCCCACCUCCAUCACCAUCACCUCCUCCCCCAUACGUCUACAAGUCGCCUCCACCUCCAUCACCUUCCCCUCCACCUCCUUACAUCUAUAAAUCACCACCUCCUCCAUCUAAAUCCCCACCUCCUCCAUAUGUCUACAAAUCUCCUCCUCCUCCGUCACCGUCACCUCCUCCCCCAUACGUCUACAAGUCACCUCCACCUCCAUCACCGUCACCUCCUCCCCCAUACGUCUACAAGUCGCCUCCACCUCCAUCACCUUCCCCUCCACCUCCUUACGUCUAUAAAUCACCACCUCCUCCAUCUAAAUCCCCACCUCCUCCAUAUGUCUACAAAUCUCCUCCUCCUCCGUCACCAUCACCUCCUCCGCCAUAUGUCUACAAGUCACCUCCACCUCCAUCACCGUCACCUCCUCCCCCAUACGUCUACAAGUCGCCUCCACCUCCAUCACCUUCCCCUCCACCUCCUUAUGUCUAUAAAUCACCACCUCCUCCAUCUAAAUCCCCACCUCCUCCAUAUGUCUACAAAUCUCCUCCUCCUCCGUCACCGUCACCUCCUCCCCCAUACGUCUACAAGUCACCUCCACCUCCAUCACCGUCACCUCCUCCCCCAUACGUUUACAAGUCGCCUCCACCUCCAUCACCUUCCCCUCCACCUCCUUACGUCUAUAAAUCACCACCUCCUCCAUCUAAAUCCCCACCUCCUCCAUAUGUCUACAAAUCUCCUCCUCCUCCGUCACCGUCACCUCCUCCCCCAUACGUCUACAAGUCUCCUCCACCUCCAUCACCGUCACCUCCUCCCCCAUACGUCUACAAGUCGCCUCCACCUCCAUCACCUUCCCCUCCACCUCCUUACGUCUAUAAAUCACUACCUCCUCCAUCUAAAUCCCCACCUCCUCCAUAUGUCUACAAAUCUCCUCCUCCUCCGUCACCGUCACCUCCUCCCCCAUACGUCUACAAGUCACCUCCACCUCCAUCACCGUCACCUCCUCCCCCAUACGUCUACAAGUCGCCUCCACCUCCAUCACCUUCCCCUCCACCUCCUUAUAUCUAUAAAUCACCACCUCCUCCAUAUGUCUACAAAUCUCCUCCCCCACCAUCUCCAUCACCUCCUCCUCCAUAUGUCUUCAAGUCACCUCCACCUCCAUCACUGUCUCCUCCACCUCCUUAUAUCUAUAAAUCACCACCACCACCAUCUCCAUCACCUCCUCCUCCGUAUGUUUACAAAUCACCCCCACCUCCAAAAGGCUAUUAAGUUUAGAUUCAACCCCUGAAUGGGUUUGAAUUAUUGCAAGAAUAAUUAUUUUCCUUGGCUGUUACAAAGUUUUUUUGCAUUGUAGUUUUCAGAAAAAGUGUCAUGUACAACAAGGUUAUGAAAUGGGGAUCCAUUAUGAUAUAUAAACAUGAAGCAGACCUGUUGUUCCAUUUUCUAUAAGCAAUGUAAGCCAGGAAUUCAAGUUAUGAAAGAAAGGAAUUCUAUGUAUUACUAUUUUUAUUUUGAAUGACAAAAUGUUGUCAUUGUUAUUCCAUAGCAAUCUAAUAAAUAUUUUGUUGUUAUUUUUCUUGCA